UUUCCUAGGUUCUUCUCUCUACCCAGUUUGAUCUUUCCAAGCAGUGGCUUCCACACACAACAGUAUGUCCACCAUCCAGGAAGCUGAAUGGCUUCAUUUAAAAAUGGGAACUCUCCCUGUAUGCCAGUGGAAUCUCCCACAUCAACUUCCAUCUUCUGCUUUCGAAAAUCCAAAGAUACACAGUCCGACAUCGUCUAUAAAUACCCAUCAUGCAGCCUGCUCAGAUUUAUCUUUCCUGCAAGGCGAAUGCGGCUCGCAACAGCUUCUCCAACGUCUCUGUCGUGAGAAUCCCUUUCGCGGGCAUAACAUCUUCAAAAAUCCCGGAUCAAUCUGCCCGAAUAACCAUCAAACCUACCCCUCUGAUCGACGCCUCCACUGUCCACAAGAUGGCGGAGCCAAAGCCAUCUCGUUCGCUGACCCAUGCUACCAACACCGAGGGAGGGGAGGAGGAGGAGGAGGAGGAGGAGGAGGAGAAGUGCGACUCUGACUUGGAAUGGGGAGAUGAAGUCGUCGCUCGCGGUUAUUAUCGCAACGCUGCAAACCUUGAGGAAUACGGUUUUCGUCCAGUAUGGUGGGAAGGGGAAUACCCGUAUGACGAGAUUCCCGAUGACAUCAAAGAGUAUUUGAACGAGGACGGAAAGGCCGAUAACCUGACGUUGAUCGGUCCCCUCCGAAGCAUCGCCUGGUUAGCUGGGAUUGAUGAGCUCGUGGAAGCAAUCGACAGUCCCGCAUACACCAUCGAAGACAGAAUAGAGGUGAUUCCUUUCGGCUGCACCCUGAGAUGGCCACUCCGUCAGUUAGACGAGGAGGGGUUGAUUUCAGCACGGAUCUUGGAACAGGCCUAUGCAGACACAUGCCACUUCGAUUCCUGGCGGUAUGGACGCUGGAGACCUUGCCGAUCUCGCGGAGUGAAGGAUGAAUGCCCAGCAGGUGUUGGUGACAGUCCCGCCUUGUUGCCCCUCAAGGAGAUCACGAGACAGAAUCGUGUGGAGGGGGUUUCUGGCAGUAUCAUGUGCAUGAAAGUCAAAAACAACCAUAAGGGGCCUGAAUCUCUCGAGAGAUUGAUCCGCCGGCAGGCUGAAGGUCUCUUGGGGUCGGGAAGGCUCUGGUUCCGGGGUUUGAGCAUGAAGGCCUUGAGAUCAACUCUCGCUUUUUUCAUCCCACAAGUGAGCUCGAAUCAUUAUGAUAACGAGUUUGGACCGGGAUUCUACACUUCGGAUGGCCUAGAGGCCGCCUUGAAUUACAUCCAAAAAGGUUCUGGGGCGGUUAUGGUCUUCAAAAACCCUGACCUACUGGAUGCCACUGUUUGGCAUCUUGAAGCUGGAAACCUGGAGGCUUGGGUGGCUAGAUGGACAUCUCCUACAAUGGGUGAGGUCAACAAGGAUGCUCCGCCAGAGUAUAGAUCUGCCGAUUUUAUCAAGGGCCCACUCGGCAAGAGGAACGAUAAUCAUCGGGGCAAACGUGAGCAGUGGAAAAGUUACGCCCAGCUGGUUGCGGUCAGCUACAAAGGCUGCCAGAUCUUGGCCAAUGCCCUGUUCAUGAUUAUCUUUGUUGAGCCCAAAUGA